AUGCAAAACAACGUUCCAUAUUUAAUUUCAAACAAAACAUUAAAACCUGAAUUCAACAACUUAGAAAAAAUCCAAAUCUCCUCUGAAGAUUUUAGCAUAGGCCGCGGUUUAAAGAAUUCAGUAGUCAUACCAUUUUUAGCAAUUUCAAGAAGUCACUGCAUAAUCAGAAAAACAAAUGAUAAUGCUUGGUUCAUUGAAGACUACAGUUCUUGUGGAAUUGAAAUAAACGGCGUAAAGCUAGGGGAGAAGAGUGCAGUUGAGAAACAAAAAGCUUUUCUUAUAGAAGAAAGAGAUAAACAGCUUACAAUAGUUACCAAUGAAAUGCAAGGGAAAAUAUCAGAAUUAAUGGAACAAAUUAAAAAACACAAUGAGGCAGAAUCUGAACUUAUUGCAGAAAAUAAGCUAUUAAAAGAUAAACUCUUACAAGAGAGACAAGAAUUUCUUGAAGAAUUAAACAAAGAAAGUUCAUCAAAGCAAGACUUGUUAAACAAACUAGAGGCAAAGAUACAUGAACAAGAAGAAAUUCGACUAAAGGAAAAAAAUGAGCUUGAGAGAACAUUACAAAUAGAGAUGGAAAGACUUAAAGUAGCUAAAGAACAGGAGUUACGGGAGUUAGAAGAGCAAAAGAAAUCUCGAGAAUUGGAACUUCUACAAGAGUUAAAUGAACUGAAAAAAAAUCUUGAAGCAAAAAUGGAGCAGACCGAACAACAGAAAUCUGAAAUUGAACAGGUGUUAAACAAUCAAAUGGAGCAAAUGAGAAAAGUUAAUGAUGAAGAAAAAGUGAAAAUGGAAAAACUUAUUAAUGAAAGAGAAGAACUACAAAAACAGUUAACUGAUGCUCAAGCAAAUGCACACAAAUCUAUCAUCGAAUUAGAGACUAGAGUACAGGACAGGGAGACUGAACUAGCUGCUUUAGCAGCAGAAAGGAUACAAAAGCAUGCAGAACAGUCAACUGAAGUUAUUAACUCGCUCUUAGAACAACUAGAACGGGUUAAAAACCAGCUUAAAACUGUGGAAACCGAAAAAGAAAUUUUAAAAGCUGAAUCAGGGGAAUCCUCAAAAAAGAAAAACACUGUAGCUGAGUUUACCGACAUAAUGGAGAAUGAAUUGCAAUGUAGCAUUUGUGCAGAAUUGUUCAUUGUUGCAACAACUCUAAACUGCUCGCAUACUUUUUGCAAAUACUGCAUAACAAAAUGGAAAAAGAAGAAAAAUGAGUGUCCUAUUUGUAGAACAGCAAUAACAUCGGAAUGCAAGAGCUUAGUGUUGGAUUCCUUCAUUGAAAAAAUGGUUGAAAAUUUAAGUGAUGAGAUGAAACAAAAGAGAAUGAAUGUACUGAAGUCAAGAAAAGAACUCGAGGUGCAUGUCAUAUGUGAAAACAUGGACCAAAAUGACGGAGGAAGUAGCAGCAGCACUAGUGACAUCGAGUACCAAUCGGACUUCAGCGAACUCGAACAGGGGGAGGAGGAGGGGGAGGGGGAGGAGGACGAGUUCGAGGACUACAUCCUACGCGACUAUUGGCCCCAACGCCGACGUGGAGUUAUUAGCUGGUCAGAUUCCGAUAGUGGACCUGACGUCGAUUAUUCCCUCUCUGCCGGUUCUGCCUCGGGUAGCAGCUCUGCCGACGAUGCAACGCCGCUCGACGAGCAACCCUCAGGCGCCACAGCUGUACCAGAUAAUGCAGGGUCCGGCGGGCGGGGAGUCGUACCGGGCAUCCCGGGCUCGUUCUACGGAGGGUACGGCCGCUGCUACAAGUGCGGCGCGUGCGGCCACUGGGCACCCGGCUGCCCCACCGUC